CUAGGAAGUCUAGCUGAGCAGCAGAGGUAGAGAGAAGAGCAUAGAGGCAAACACGCGUAAAGCUGAAGCAGUGAAAAAUCAUGAUAAAGCUAUUUUGCCUGUUGCUGGCUCUGGCCAGUUCAACUGUUGCUUUCCCCUUGGAAGCCUCAGGUAGACAAGAGCAUCCGACCCAGCCUUCCCAGGCCUUCACUACAGCGAUGACCCAACCUGAGACCAGGUCUCGCUUUGCCAUGCUGGACGAUGUUCGCCUACUUGCAAACGGCCUCCUUCAGUUAGGCCAGAGUUUACGGGAGUUCGUCCAUAAGACCAAGGCACAGAUCAACGACAUCUUCCAAAAACUCAAUAUUUUUGACCGCUCUUUUUACCAGCUCUCAGUUGUCACAUCAGAGAUUAAGGAAGAAGAGGAAGAGUUGAAGAAGACCACCAACUUCUUGAAGGCCAACAAUGAGGAAAUCAAGAAUUUGUCAUUGGAAAUCAACUCUAAGAUCAACAACAUCCUGCAGGAGCGGACACAACUGCAGAGCAAGGUGGGGAGCCUUGAAGAGAGGCUGAAGGGCUUGUCGCAGACCAUGACCCCUGCCGAUCAGCUCGGUGAAAUCACAUCUCUCAAGGAAGUGAUUGAAGCUCAAGAUAAAACAAUCACCAAUCUUCUGAAAGCUGUCAAGGAGCAGCAUGAUCAGCUUGACUACCAGAAAAUCAAGAUUAAAAACCUGGAGGAAAAGCUCAGCUAUGAGAGUUUUCAAGAUACAGCUAAUAAACCAAUGGACUCUGACCAUGCAGCUCCUGAUAUGUUUGAAUAUCUGACAGUAAAUUCAACUGGCCUGGACACAAAUGAUUUUCCCACGGACUGCACUGAUCUGUUUAACAAAGGAGAAGCAAAUAGUGGCAUCUAUGUUGUCAAGCCAAACCAAUCAGAGCCAUUCAACGUUUUCUGUGAAAUGAGUUCAGAAGGGGGAUCAACAGUCAUCCAGCGCAGGGUUGAUGGGUCUGUGGAUUUUGAUCAGACGUGGGAAAAAUUUGAAAAGGGUUUUGGAGAUCUGGAAAAGGACUUCUGGCUGGGUCUAGAAAAGAUUCACAGCCUUACACAGGAGGGCGUUUACAUCCUCCGUGUUGAUUUGGAGGACUGGAAGGAGGAAAAACACUGGGCUGAGUACCGCUUCUCACUGGAAGGUCCCUCCAAGGACUAUAUUCUUCAUGUCAGCCAUUUCUCGGGUGACCUGCCUGAUACCAUGGCCAACACCAAUGGCAUGAGAUUCGCCACAAAAGACAGAAAUACAGACAACCACCAAAACUCCAACUGUGCGCGCAAUACCACAGCAGGUGGCUGGUGGCUCAAUGCCUGUGGUGAAAACAACCUUAAUGGUAGGUACGUGUGGCUGAGACCAAAGGGGCGCUCGAUGAGGAGGAAGGGUAUUCAAUGGAGGCAUGGCACAGGUUCUUCGUACUCACUCAAGACGACCAAAAUCUCCAUACGACAAGCUUCAACUGCCGAUAGCUCCAACUAAGCCUCACUUUCCACAUGUUCUAGAACAAUACUACUGGCUUUUUUUUCCCCCCAAAUACACCGAUAUCCAAAAAAUUCAAUAGAACGAGGAAGUGACAUAACACAGGCUUUACAUAUGCUAAUUCUUUACUCACCCACAACAUUAAGCUGAUUGCUCCCUAACAGCAUUCUGUCAAAGGCUAGUGCUGACCAUCAGAUAGCGGACCAAAAAAAUGUCAGAAGUCAGCAACUGCUGAGCUGUUGCAACGAAACAACCAUGGCACAUAGGUUGUUAACCUACUGUGUCUGAUCCAACAAGGACAGUAGAAGUGUCAUUAUGCAACAUCUGCUACUGCUUGCAAAAUAGACAACCUAAUUCAGGAUUGGCUGGAAAGUAACAUACUGCAGUAGGACAGAAAAUGAAGUUUCUAAGAAGCCACUUUUUAAGCCCAGAUUGCUUAAUAACCUUUAAGAUGAACUUAGACACAUUAAUGUCAACAGCAAAACAAGCUAUUUUGAAAUGUUUUAUCUUUGAAAAUGUACUGCAUGUUCCCAGAGGCUAAAGGGACAAAUAGCAACAGUUACAUAAAGCAUGCAAAUUAUGUAAGUCAAAGUUAAAGAGAUCAUCUCCUGCUUCUGAAAAAGUGCCCUACAAAUUGGGUACAACGUCACCAUUCAAAUUCAGUACAAAACAUGAAAGACAGAAAGCUUUUGCAGCGCACUGAUGAUUUAUUUCUUAGUCUUUUAUAUUUUUUUAUUCUGUAUUUAAACUGUGGUCAUGUUAUGAUAUGAUUUAUGCUGGUAUUGUUAGAAAAUGAUAAUUUCUGUGUAUUUCCCACAUUACUGAGUCAUAUUGACUUUUGUUCAUCAUUUCAACAUAACCACCUGUACUGUAAAUGUGCCUCAUACUAACACAUCACUGUGAAAAGUAGCUUUGUGUGCUAAAAAAAAAUCAUAUUUAUGAAGACAAAAAUAAAUAUACCUGUAUAAAUAA